UGCUGGCGAUUUUUUUCAACAAAGGAAUCGAUUCGAAAAGCCCACAACUGCUCCACUUCCACUUCCUGUCUUCCUUUUCCGCACAGUCGCCAUCAUGACUGUCAAACGCCGGAAUAACGGACGUAAUAAGAAGGGCCGUGGCCACGUCAAGUAUGUGCGUUGCACCAACUGUGCCCGCUGCUGUCCCAAGGACAAGGCCAUCAAGAAAUUUGUGAUCAGAAACAUUGUGGAGGCUGCAGCUGUGAGAGAUAUCUCUGAAGCUAGCGUCUACGAAAUGUACGCUCUGCCCAAGUUGUACGCCAAACUCCUGUACUGUGUCUCGUGCGCAAUUCACUCGAAGGUAGUGAGGAACAGGUCGCGUGAAGCAAGAAAGGACAGAACUCCCCCCAUCAGGUUCAGGCCCGUCCGGGAAGGCCAACAGGGCCCAAGACAAGGUCAGCAAGGCCCUGGCGCUGGAAGGAAUUAGGAUGUGAAAGUGUGGGGGGCACUAGUUCUUUUGGCUACCAUUACCAAGAUGAAAUAAAAUCUUGAGUAUAUUA